AUGCCGUUCCCUGCGGAAUGGCAAGGUUAUUCACCGGGACCCUAUGCGACCGACAACAACCUCGACUUUGAGAUGUUCGAUUUUGAAGUUCAGCGGCAUUCGCAUAUGGGGGCGACACCGAUCUCCGAACCCCCGAACAUCAGCCAAGACCCUACAGGUCUAUCCAUGGAAAAUCCCAGAGAGAUGACUCUUCAAAGUCCCAUGCCGACGUCAAAUCCGACUCCAGUCAAAGGAAAAAGAGUCCGAACAGGAUGUCUUACAUGCCGUGAGAGACACCUCAAGUGUGACGAAGCCGUGCCCGAUUGCAUGAACUGCCGAAAGCGAGGCCGUGAAUGUAAAAGAGGAGUACGCCUUAACUUUCUGGAUGUCAACCUCCAUCGACCACCCGAUAUACCUAGUCCUGGAGGCUGGGAAGUCGAGUUCCAAGAUGAAUCGCGGGACAUUGCUUCAGAAUAUCAGGGCGGACUUGGACGAUAUGCGCCGUACGCUUCUGAAAUUGUUGAAGAUAGCGAUGGCCUGCACGAAACAGUGUAUCCAGCCACCGCAACUCAUAUCCAAGGUAUAGAUGCAUCAGCCGAUAGACUUCAACCUGGCGUGCAACACCGUUUCAACUAUUCUCAGGAUAACGCCGCAGCUGGACCUUCAAAAAACUCAAGAUUCAAAACAGACACCGGUAUCAAGCUUGAGCUUAACGAGAACGAACAUGGGACUCUGAGCGACGCGUCCCAUAUAGCCACACCAUCGUCAUCAACAAAGGCUGUUGUGACCCCACGAGCAGAAGUAUUUCCAGAGCAGCUCAUGGCGAUGAGGAACCGUCCUCUGGCACAGCAAACGUUAUCAGAAGAGCCGGAAAACUUGGUGAUACCCCAGCUAGACACACCGCCUCGGAUUGAAAGGCCGCUUGUUGAACAAGCCUUCGAGGAUGACCAUGUGCAACCUUCAGCAACCCAAAGCAACGAGUCGGUGGGCCGCAACAUAUUGACAUCAGCCGAAGAAAUCCAUUACAUGCAAGUCUUUGUCGAAGAAGUUGCUGUUUGGAUGGAUUCGUUCAACCGGGAGAAACAUUUCACCCGAAGUAUUCCGUAUCACGCUCUGAGGUCGACAAUGCUCCUCAAUGCCCUUCUGGCAUGUGGUGUCAAACAUACUUCUCUGGCUGCCCCGGAUAAUCAUGAAAAAGCGCUGUUCUACUACAAUACCGCGACCACGCAGCUCCUUCGAAGCCUCCAGAACCCUGAUCGAAAUACUGCCGAGUGUGCCACGACAGCGAUCGUUCUGAACGUAUACGAGAUUAUGUGCGAAAAGCCUGCCCAGCGUAUGAGUCACAUAGCAGGUUCGCGAGCUCUUGUGCGAGAAUGUGGAUGGGAUGCCAAGAGUACAGGGAUUGGACUGGCCUGCUUCUGGUUGAACAUUGGGAUUGAAGUUCUCAAUUGCCUGGCAACAAAUUGGCAGACAACGUGGAGUCCCGACGAAUGGGGAAUGAGCCUUGGGUCUCGUAACAAUAACCAGGAUGACGAGGAUGAGGACGAGCAAAUAUGGGUACACCGUGCGCUCUACAUCAUCGCAAAGGUUGCGAACUUCCGAGCGACUGCGUCCCGACCCGAUGACAUGGGCCCCCAUAACGAACAAACGUGGGUCAGAAAUCGUCUUUCUCAGUGGCAUGAGCUUAGAAACCUCUGUGAAGGUUGGAACAUCCAUUGCCCGAGAAAGAUGCGCCCCUUUGGCUAUGUGAAAGCGGAAAAGUCGACAAGCAAAUCGCUAUUUCCCGGUAUAUGGAUGAUUCAGCGGGAGGCAACAGUAGGCCAACUGCUUUCUCACACUGCGCAUUGCAUCCUUUCACAGACACACCCCCUGGAAUCCCCAGCGUCUUCGGAGAGGCUACGAUUCUUGCAGCUGCAGCAUGCCUAUCAGGUCUGCGGCAUUGUCGCCCAUACCACAGACAAGGGGGUUGCCACAGUUGCGAUCCGUUGCUUGGCAAUUGCAGCUGCUGUGCUAACGAAUCCAAAUGAACAAGACGAGAUCCUUGAGGUCCUUGACAGGUUCAAUAGCACAAAUGGCUGGCGCUUGGGUGCCGUCGAGAUGGAGCUCAAGAAAGAAUGGGGUUGGGAGCGUAUGAAGAUGCCCACCUCGAGCCCGAAAACAGAGAACAGCCAGGAUUCGGUAAUAUCAGUGGUCCGAAGAGCCUCCAUGUCUUUGACACCGUCGAGAAUUUUGACACCGCCUGUCAUGGGCCCUGUGGGAACGAAAACACCGGUCAACCCAUUGAGCUUCGCCGAUUUCAAGCUACCCAACCAUCCGUACCAGAAUUGGUAUGAACCACCAAGUCGAUCGAGCUCGUUCGAUCCACCACCAUCGUAA